UCAUUCCAGUGAAAACGGUUCAAAUUGGAGAAUCCACAGCCUUAACAUGUGCUCUGUCUAAUAAUGAUAUCAGCGGUGGAGAAAUCCACUGGUACAAGCAAAGCAUUGGAGAUAAUCUGAAACUAAUUGUGACUCUUCGGAAAAAUGCAAAACCUCAAUUUGCACCAGAGUUUUUGAGCGCAAGAUGGAAAGUUAAUAGUGAUGACAAUUUUACCAACCUGACUAUUUUGAGAACAAUCCAAGGGGACGAGGGAAUCUAUCACUGUGCUUUCAUUACAUUGUAUGGCACAACAUCUGAAUGGAUUGGGACAUAUUUGAUAGUAAAGGAGACGGUCAGAAGACAUCAGACUACACUGUUGUUCAGCAGUCCACAGCAUCACAUUCAGUCCAUCCAGGAGAAUCACAGACUCUCCACUGUUCAGUCUUCUCUGACUCUGAGAACAAAACAUGUUCAGGAGAUCUGAGUGUGUUCUGGUUCAGACCUGGAUCAGAUAAAUCUCAUCCAGACAUCAUCUACACUGAUGGAAACAGACCUGAUGAAUGUGAGAAGAGAUCUGACACUCAGAAGAGCUGUGUUUAUCACUCCUCUAAGACCUUCAGCUCCUCUGAUGCUGGGACUUACUACUGUGCUGUGGCCACAUGUGGACAGAUACUGUUUGGAAAUGGAAAUACUCUGACCAAUGAAACAGCACGAUCUACAAUGAUUGGUCUGGUGGUAGCAAUAACCUGCUUGGCCAUUUCUGUGAUUGUGAAUAUCAUUUUCAUCUGUUGCCGAACUCAAACAGCAGCGCGAGAACAAUUCACAGAAUUCACCUCUUCACAAGCAGGACGAGACAACGUAAACCAACUAGCAGUUGAUGCGACUGAAGGUGGACAUGAUCUGAACUAUGCUGCGCUGCAUUUUUCUGGAAGGAAAGCUACACGAGGAAAGAAGACGACAGAGUUGACGCCUGAAGAAAGUGUUUACUCUCAAGUUAAAUACCAAAUGUGAAUAUAUCUAUGAAAAACUGGUAAUUUACUUAUAGUACUGAGCUCUUAAAUUGAAAAAUAAUAAUACAUGGAACUGAACACUCUCUUAUUUUAUUAAAAGCAACCUGUUUAAUGACAAAAGACAAAAUCUCCUCAACUGUAUCUGUGAUGAAACCUCACUUGUCAUGGUUUUGUUUGCUUCAUAUAGUUUUACUUUGAAAAAAGAUCCCUGUCCGUGUGUGUUGCUAGCUAUUUAACUUCCUCCCUUUGUAUGUUUUCUAUCCUCCUUUUAAUUGUCCUCAUUAGUUUCAUCCAUGCCUUGUCUUCCUAAUCAGUUCUCUGUGUAUAAAAAGUCCUGUGUCUUCCCAUCUUUUGUCAGUUUGUCCUACCUCCAAUCCUGUUUCUUGAUCACCUGUUCACCUGACUGGUUUCUGCCAGAUGGAUUUUGCUUCUUUGAAUUACCUUCUUCAUUUAUGCAUGCGUUUCUCGCUGGAUCACAAGCUUCCUUUCAUUUGUUCACAUAUAACCUUCCAGGAAGUUUCUUUAUUAAAGUUGGUGUUUUUGCCACAAC